CUAUGUGUGAGAGCUUCAACAACUAGCUCAGGUGAUGUGGAAAUGACUAUUAUAAAGAAAGAGAAAGAUGGAUGGAAGAUCAACUACUCAGGGGAGAAACCAGCAACACCAUUGUUGGAUACAAUCAAUUACCCAGUUCAUAUGAAGAAUCUGUCCACACAGGAUCUUGAACAACUUGCAGCAGAACUAAGGGCAGACAUUGUACAUAGUGUAUCUAAUACUGGUGGGCAUCUUAGCUCAAGCUUGGGAGUGGUGGAAUUAACAGUGGCUUUGCAUCAUGUUUUCAACACCCCUGAAGACAAGAUUAUAUGGGAUGUUGGCCAUCAGGCAUACCCACACAAGAUUCUCACAGGUAGAAGGUCCAAGAUGCACACCAUUAGGAAGACUUCAGGGCUAGCAGGCUUUCCCAAAAGGGAUGAGAGCAUUCAUGACGCUUUUGGUGCUGGUCACAGUUCUACAAGUAUAUCUGCCGGUCUUGGCAUGGCUGUUGCAAGGGAUCUAUUGGAAAAGAACAAUAGUAUCAUUUCAGUGAUUGGAGAUGGGGCAAUAACUGCAGGCCAAGCUUAUGAGGCCAUGAACAAUGCAGGAUUCCUUGAUGCUAACUUGAUAAUUAUACUUAAUGACAACAAGCAAGUUUCUUUACCAACUGCCACACUUGAUGGCCCUGCAACUCCAGUUGGAGCCCUAAGUAGUGCUUUAAGCAAGAUUCAAGCAAGCACCCAAUUCAGAAAACUUAGAGAAGCUGCAAAAAGUAUCACAAAGCAAAUAGGAGGACAAACACACCAAGUUGCAGCAAAAGUGGACGAGUAUGCAAGAGGUAUGAUAAGCGCUUCUGGUUCUACAUUUUUUGAGGAGCUUGGCUUAUACUACAUAGGACCUGUGGAUGGUCAUGACAUUGAAGAUCUGGUCACCAUUUUUGAAAAAGUAAAAGCAAUGCCAGCCCCAGGUCCAGUUUUGAUUCACAUUGUGACAGAGAAAGGGAAGGGAUACCCUCCAGCUGAAGCAGCAGCUGAUAAAAUGCACGGUGUUGUCAAGUUUGAUCCUAAAACAGGCCACCAGUUUAAGGCAAAAGCCUCAACACUUUCAUACACCCAGUACUUUGCUGAAUCUUUGAUAAAGGAAGCUGAAGUAGACGAUAAGAUAGUAGCCAUUCACGCAGCAAUGGGUGGUGGAACUGGCCUAAAUUAUUUCCUGAAAAAGUUUCCAGACCGCUGUUUUGAUGUGGGGAUAGCUGAACAACAUGCUGUUACAUUUGCAGCUGGGUUAGCUGCUGAAGGCCUCAAGCCAUUUUGUGCUAUUUAUUCAUCAUUCCUACAACGUGGAUAUGAUCAGGUAAUCCACGAUGUUGAUCUUCAAAAACUACCUGUACGAUUUGCUCUGGAUAGAGCUGGUUUGGUUGGUGCAGAUGGACCAACCCAUUGUGGAGCAUUUGAUAUAACUUACAUGGCUUGCUUGCCCAACAUGGUGGUCAUGGCUCCAUCUGAUGAAGCUGAACUGAUGAACAUGGUUGCAACCGCAACAGCUAUAGAUGACAGACCAAGCUGCUUUAGAUUUCCAAGGGGCAAUGGAAUUGGAACCACUCUGCCACCAAAUAACAAAGGAACCCCACUUGAGAUAGGAAAGGGGAGAAUUCUAAUCGAAGGAAGCAGAGUUGCUAUUUUGGGAUACGGUUCUAUAGUUCAACAAUGUUGGCAAGCCGCAGAAAUGCUUAAAUCACUAGGUGUUUAUGUCACAGUUGCAGAUGCUAGAUUUUGUAAACCUUUGGAUACUGGUCUCGUUAAGCUACUAGCUAAAGAGCAUGAAAUACUCAUCACAGUGGAAGAGGGUUCUAUUGGAGGUUUCGGAUCACAUGUUUCACAAUUCUUAAGCUUAGCUGGUAUCCUGGAUGGACCUUUAAAGUGGAGAGCAAUGAUGCUUCCUGAUAGGUACAUUGAGCAUGGAUCACCCAAAGAUCAGACUGAAGAAGCAGGACUUUCAUCAAAUCAUAUUGCUGCAACAGUCUUGUCUCUUUUGGAAAAGCCAAAAGAAGCUCUUCUGUUCAAAUAA